AUGUGUCGGGUGGAGCGGGCGGCCGGCUGUGAGAGGCACAUGCCGCUCGAUAGAGGCGCGCGUGCGCGAGGCGCGGCGCCCGUGACGUCAGGCGCACAUGCGCGAAUCAUAUCACCCGCCCGCCUCAAUGGGCCAGCGCUCGCCGCUCGCUCAGCACUCAACCAAGUUCAUUAUUUGGCUAUCACUCACUCAGACGAUGUCUAUAACCUAAUGAAGGUUGUGACAUCGGCCAAUUAA